CGUUUGUUAUCUUCUUCGCAUAUUAUUCUUUUCCUGGAUAUUAUUACAUUUGAGGUCUGAGAAAAAUCUCAGGAACAGAACCUAUCGUGUGUGUUUCUUGUUUCUCUCUCUCUCUCUCUCUCUCUACAAUGGCUGCUUUCGCGUGUACUACUCGUCCGCCAAUUUCUCUCCGGUCAGAGAAGAUGAUCGCAUCCUCAACGAAAGUUUCACUCUCUACUACUCGACAAAUGUUCUCCGUGGGAGGAGGAUUGAGGACUCGCGUCUCUCUAUCAUCGGUCUCCAAGAAUUCUAGGGAUUCUCGAUUACGACGAGGAGGGAUCAUCAUCUGUGAAGCUCAGGACACUACUACAGGGAUUCCAAUGGUGAACGAUUCAACGUGGGAGUCACUAGUACUCAAGGCUGAUGAGCCUGUUGUUGUGGACUUUUGGGCACCAUGGUGUGGACCAUGCAAAAUGAUUGAUCCCAUUGUCAACGAACUAGCACAGCAGUACACUGGGAAGAUCAAGUUCUUCAAACUAAACACUGACGAUUCUCCGGCGACCCCGGGAAAGUACGGUGUUAGAAGCAUUCCAACCAUCAUGAUCUUCGUUAAAGGCGAGAAGAAGGAUACAAUCAUUGGUGCAGUGCCUAAAACCACAUUAGCAACGAGCAUUGAUAAAUUCUUGCAGUGAAGCAUGUGGAUCACUCUCUUUUGUUUCUCUAUAUUUGUAAUUUGGACUUAACUUAUCUGCUACUCCUCAUCUAGACAUGUAUGAUGAUAAUAAUAUAAUUUUGGUUUUAAGAAA